AUGAACCGACUAACCACUCUCUCUGGCCAAUUUUCUCAUCUAAACGACAACCCGUCGAGGGUUGCUCCUGGAAAUUCAGAUGACGUUGUUAUCUGCGCGGCUCUGCGGACGGCGAUUACCAAGGCCAAGAGAGGUGGUUUCAAAGAUACAUAUCCGGAAGACCUUCUGGCAAAUCUUUUGGUGGCGUUACUGAAGAAGACAAAAAUUGACCCAAGCAGAAUCCAAGACGUUUGCAUUGGCAAUGUCUUGCAGCCUGGCGCGGGGGCCCUGGGAAGUCGGAUUGGGAUGCUUAUGGGAGGGCUACCAGUAUCUGUCCCGGUGAAUGUCGUCAAUCGACAAUGCAGCAGCGGCCUGCAAGCUGUUGCCAACAUCGUUGCGGCAAUUAAGAGUGGCUUCAUCGAUGUUGGUAUCGGCGGCGGCGUCGAGUCCAUGUCUCAGUUUGAUAUGAUGAGGACGCUCAACCCCGAAAAGCUAUCGGAGAAAGUUUUCGAAGAUGAACAGGGACGCAACUGCCUCAUCCCCAUGGGGCUCACCUCGGAAAAUGUCGCUGAGAAGUAUGGCAUCAGUCGUGAGGCCCAGGAUCAGCUGGCGAAGGAGUCCCAUGACAAAUGUGUGAAGGCUCAGGAGCAAGGACUUUUCAAAGAAGAAAUUGUUCCUCUUAAUGUGAAGGUGAAGGACGCCGAUGGAGUGGAGAAGGAGAUAAUAGUUGACCGCGACGAUGGGGCACGCAAAGCCACGACGGUUGCGAACCUUGCUAAACUGAAACCUGCAUUCCAGGCGAACGGAACAACUACAGCCGGGAACAGCAGCCAAGUCUCUGAUGGAGCCGCCUUGGUCCUUCUGGCCAGACGAUCGGCAGCAGAGAAACUUCGGCUUCCCAUUUUAGCCAGGUUUGUAGCUUUCACGGUCGUUGGAGUGCCCCCAGAUAUUAUGGGAAUCGGUCCGGCAGUUGCGAUUCCGGCUGUCUUAGAACAAGCAAACUUGUCCAUGGACGACAUCGACAUUUUUGAGCUCAACGAGGCAUUUGCGUCGCAAGCGGUGUACUGCGUGAAAAAGCUCAAUAUCCCGAAAGAGAAAUUAAACCCGAAAGGCAAGCCUCUCACCAGCUGCACUCCAGACAGUUUCCUUAUGUUGGGGAGGGGGGGCAUCAAGUGCUGCAACGAAGAUGUGGUAUUAUUCUACAUAAAUAAAAGGGAAGCCAUUAACCACUUUCAAUCGGAUUGA